UUUCAACAGUUCUCUCUUACCUUUUUUUUUAGUAUGGCUAUAAAAAAAAGAGCAAGAGGAAAUUCCAUUACGCAAGAAAAUGAUGAAAAAGUACCAAGAAUGAACGGUUCUUAUGAACCUGCAGAACUAGAGAAUCAACUCGUGGAGACAGCUCCAUCUUCACAUCUUGCAGAAAGUGGAAAGUGGAAAGAAUCAAUUGCUCGUGUAGUUCGUAGCGUCGUUUCUAUUCGUUUCAGUCAGGUUGCUUCCUUUGAUACAGAUGAAUCUGGCACUGGAGAAGCUAGUGCAUUCAUCGUGGAUGCCAAAAAUGGUUAUAUGUUAACCAACCGACAUGUAGUGUGUGCCGGUCCCUUUAUCGGACAUGCAAUUUUGGAUAACCAUGAAGAAGUCGAGGUAUACCCCGUUUAUCGUGAUCCAGUUCAUGAUUUUGGAUUUUUGCGAUUUGACCCCAAAAAAAUUCGUUACAUGAAUGUCGAACAAUUGGAAUUACGUCCUGAUUUGGCAAAAGUGGGAACAGAAAUUCGAGUUAUCGGUAAUGAUGCUGCUGAAAAAUUAAGUAUUCUCGCUGGUUGGAUUUCCCGUGUUGAUCGUAAUGUGCCCGACUAUGGUGAACUAACGUACUGUGAUUUUAACACCAACUAUAUUCAGGCUGCUGCGAAUGCAAGUGGUGGUUCUAGUGGUAGUCCUGUCGUCGAAAGAAGCGGUAAUGUCGUUGCUUUACAAGCGGGUGGCCACAUGGUUGCAGCGACUGACUACUUUUUACCAUUGGAUAGGCCAUUGCGUGCUUUACGAUGCCUGCAAAAUAAAAAACCUAUUACUAGAGGUACUAUUCAAACUCAGUUUUUAAUCAAGCCUUUUGAUGAAUGCUCUCGCUUAGGAUUAGAUACGGCAAUUGAAGAACAAGUUAGAGGCCUUUUCCCCGGUGCCACUAGCAUGUUAGUCGUGGAAACGGUACUUCCGGAAGGACCUUCUCACAACAAGUUGCAGGAAGGUGAUAUUCUUCUUCAUUUGAAUUCAAAAUACUUGAUUGAUCUCAUAGAAUUGGAAAGCAUUUUAGAUGAAUCCAUAGGCCAAGACAUUGUUCUUACCGUUCAACGAGGAAACAGCACAGUCGACGUUACCUGCCGAGUACAAAGUACUCAUGAUAUUGCUCCUGACAGGUAUGUAGAAGUCUGUGGUGCAAAAUUCCACAAUCUUUCCUACCAACUAGCUCGCCAAUAUGCCUUGCCAGUGAAAGGCGUUUUUAUUAGUGAGCCUGCUGGUUCUUUCCGUCUGGAAGGUCCAGAAUACUGCUAUUUGCUUGAGAGCGUCGCGUACAAACCAGUGCCCGAUUUAGAUACCUUCAUCAAUGUCAUGAAGACCAUUCCUGACCGUUCUCGUGUUGCUGUGGGCUAUCGUUUUAUCCAUGAUAAACACUCACUGGUUACGGAUAUCAUUGAAGUUGACCGUCAUUGGGCUAAAGCUUUUCGCUUAGCUAGUAGAAAUGACGAGACCGGUUUUUGGGAUUUUCAAACCCUUGGUGAUCCGUUACCUGCAAAGCCUAAUAUUCCAUGCACCACUUCUAUUCCAAAACUUAAUGUCGAGAACUUUGGUCCUACUGCUGAUAUCAAUAAUUGCUUCGUAAAAAUCACUUACUAUAUGCCCAUUCAUCUUGAUGGUUAUCGAAAAAGCAGAAAACAAGGAACUGCUCUAGUCCUGGAUAAAAACAAUGGUAUAGCUGUGACAAGCCGAUGCACCGUGCCGUAUGCGCUGGGAGAUUUGACCAUCACGGUUGCUGAUUCUAUACAAAUUCCAGCUGAGGUUUUACAUCUCCACCCAACUCAAAAUUUAACUUUUAUUAAAUAUGAUCCUAAACUGUUGGGUGAAACUCCUAUUAAAGCCGCUAAGUUGCGCAACCAUUAUGUUUCACAAGGAGAUAACGUAAAUUUUUUCGGGUUUAAUUCUAAGUCUAGAGUCGUCGCUACGAAAACUUCAGUAACUGAUGUCAUUACUAUGGUUAUUCCUCCUAAUCCGAUGCCACGAUUCAGAGCUGUCAACUUUGAGUCGAUAACCAUUGAAUCUGGUUUGGGAUCUCAAUGUGGGUCCGGUGUUCUAACAGAUGACGAGGGCCAAGUUGUUGCCCUUUGGCUUACCCAUUACGGCGAGCAGACAAGCCGCGGUACCGAUGUGAAAUAUCAUCUUGGUCUAGCAUCGCCUGUCGUCUUGUCAACUUUAAGACGAUUACAGACUGACGUUAAUCCACAUAUUAGAAUACUGAAUGUAGAAUUCCGUGCUAUUCAAUUAGCUCAUGCAAGAAGUAUGGGAUUAUCUGCGGAACGUAUUCAGCAAAUCGAAACUGCAAACGAAAAACGUCAUCAACUCUUUAUGAUUACUCACGUCGAAGCGAACACCCCUCGUAUUCUAACCGACGGAGAUGUAAUUUUAACUGCUAACGGAAAACCCGUGACCCGUGUCCAGGAUAUCGAAGCUGAAGACACUGAAGAAAUUGAGAUGGACAUUCUUCGUGGAGGAAAGGAAAUGAAAAUUAAGGUACCUACUUUCCCUACCGAUAACUGUGAAACAAACCGGGUAAUUAUAUGUUGGGGUGCAACAAUUCAAGCUCCACAUAGAGCUGUUCGCCUUCAAAGUGAGGGUCUACCAUCUAAUGUAUUUGUCACAAAUCGCAGCAGAGGCUCACCUGCGGAUCAAUAUGACUUGGGUAUCGCUCAAUUCAUCACUGCCAUCAAUGGUAUCCCUACUCCAGAUCUUGAAAGUUUUGUUCGUGAAGUUCGCAAAGUUCGCGAUAAUUCUUAUGUGAGAGUGAGCACAGUAACAUUUGACAAAGUACCAGUUGUUUUAACCAUCAAAAUGAAUGAACACUAUUUUCCUACUCUUGAUUUGGUGCGUGAUUUUAAAGCCGAAAAUGGUUGGCGAGCUGUUCAAUAUGAUGAAGGGCGUGAAGAAGACAAUCCCUCAAUGGGUUUGGUCAUUGAAGAAGACGUAGAUACCAAUUCUGCUGCUGCAGAUUAAAAAGAAAAGGAGGUCUGAAGGGUUACUUCUUGAAACUUAUACACUUUAUCAAUACGUGCGCAUAUUUUUUUUUGUCAUAAAUCACUAAAAAAGCCUACACGAAAAAAUUUUGAAUAAAAAAUUAUUUAUUUGGGUUCAUUAGAAAUGAAAAAUACAUUUUAUAGUAAAGCAGUAGCUUUGUUUUCAAUCAAGAGAUCUACAACUGUUCCC